GAGCUGAAGCACGAUUCCUCCGACCAAAAGGCCCCCUUUUCCCACCACUUCUUCCUUCCCCUUGGGGCACAGCAGGCCAGCAGCCAUGGCCGCCUCCGGCGACCUCCUCGACGUCGACCCCCCCGAGCUCCAGUUCCCCUUCGAACUCGACAAGCAGAUCUCCUGCCCCCUGAAGAUGACCAACAAGACAGAAAGCAACGUCGCCUUUAAGGUUAAGACGACGAGCCCCAAGAAGUACUGCGUGCGCCCCAACAAUGGCGUCGUGCGGCCGCGGUCCACCUGCGUAGUUGUAGUGACGAUGCAAGCGCAGACCAUUGCGCCACCGGACUUGCAAUGCAAGGACAAAUUCUUGGUGCAGAGCGUGGUCGUCGGUGAUGGCUUGUCAGCGCAGGACAUCACCCCUCAAAUGUUCAUGAAAAAAGAGGGUAAUGUUGUUGAGGAGGUGAAGAUGAGGGUCACUUAUGUGAUGCCACCUGAAUCGCCUUCUGAGAUUGCGGAGGAGAAUGAUGGUCCACAGCGAAUCCUUGUGCCUAUGCAGCAAAUUUUGGACAAUGGGAGGAGUGCUUCAGAGCUGUCGAGUGGCUCGGUGUCACUGAGAUCAGCUGAGCUGGGGACAGAGGUUGGAUCACCUAGAGGACCACUUAUGAGGACUGAGGAAUUACUUAAGGCUGCAGGACAUGCUGUUGAAACAAGAACAUAUGCAGGACCUGAUGUGCAGUCCCUUGAGCUGUCAGCUUUGAUUGCAAAAUUAACUGAGGAAAAGGAUUCUGCACUUGAGCAAAAUAAAAAGCUUCGAAACGAGUUGGAGUUGGUAAGGCGUGAAGCCACUAAACAAGGAGGCUUCUCGCUGUUGUUUGUACUCUUGUCUGGGCUGCUUAGCAUCGUUCUGGGCUACCUUGCAAGGAAAUGAGGAUUUAAGUGUCCUGCCCAGUCUAAUCAUACAAUUCAUGUAGUAAAUAAACGACUACAUCGUGUGGUGUUCGGUUCUGUCGGUUCGCAGUUUCACAUUCUCACUGAUAGGGCAUGUUUUGUUCUUGAUGCGUAAUGCAUUUUAGUUAGUCAUUUCAAAGUAACUGCUCUUGAUUGUGGCUUGUGAUUCAUUACAAUUUCGUUAUAACUAUAGUCUGAUCUGUUGAAUGUCA